AUGGCUACGCAGCAACGUCAAGAGAAGGACAGCUUCUUCAACCAUCUCUUCGCUCUCGACCAAAGCGAUGAUGAGCACGACGAAGGACUGGAAGAAUCAAUCGCGGCGCUGAAGCGCUCUGCAUCGAAGACAAAGAUUGCUGCCGCCAGUAGACAGAAAGGACCGUCCGUCAAGCCGGCUAAGUCGCCGCAUGUUCAAGCAACAGCUACCCCCAGCGCAAGGAAUGAACGUACGACCGAGCGCCCUCAAGUCUCGAUUACGCCCGCCAUAGUGCGAUCUGUCUCAGCCCCUGAAGCUCCCAUUUCUGUCGUCUCCCAGGCGAUUGCUAGGGUGAAGGAAACACCUCUCCGCUCCUUCCAUGUCACGAAGCCCGCAGAGCUUGUCCACAGCGUCACGGAUCCUCAAUCCCUUCGAUCAUCUAUGAUGGCGGCCUCAGCGAUGCCCAGGGCAGCCGGCAAGCGCAAGCGUGCGGGAACUAUUCAGAUGGUCCCGGGAGACCAGCAAAUUUUCAAGGAUCUGGCUUUCUAUUUCUUCCCAAACAACGACACCCAUCCCGCGAGGCGCAUGCGGAUCACCAAGGCCCUUCAGUACGGGGCGCUGUGGAUCAAGGACUGGGCUGAGGGUAUCACGCACGUGAUUGCCGACAAUAGCAUGAACUAUACCCAGCUUCUAAAGUACCUAAAGCUAGACGCCUUACCGCAUGAUGUAGUUCCAGUCAAUGAAAUCUAUCCUGCGGACUGCAUCGCUUUCCGUACUCGGCUUGAUCCUCAUCAGGCUCGCUACCAAGUCGAUGGCUUUAAACCUGCAGCCACUGCACUGGAGGUGACGCCCUCGAAAGCAAGUGAAAGCAGCAACCCGCCUUCGCAGGAUGUUAUGAUGGCAAGGUCUCGUCCUGUCGAACGAAACACGACCGCUGAGUCUCUUACUACCGACCAAUACCAUGAUGAACUGGCCGCCGCUAUUGCGGAAGCGAAAGUGCUCGAAGACCUCGUAAGACCUCCCUAUCAGAAGCCACGGAAGAACCAACUGACAAGUGCCCUCCAGCCUCUAGACUCCGAUGACGAGUCAGCCGAUAGCCGCCCCAGCAGCUCCUCAGCCGAUGACUCCUCGGACGAGAAACCGGUGAAGCUCCUCAAACAGUCCUCAAAAGCCAUCUUCCAGUCCUGGCAAUCCAAUUUCCAAUGCAUGCACGAACACACCGGCAAAGCCUCCAUCGACAACCCCAACGCCCGUACGAUCGAGGUCCUCGAGCAGAUGUGCGCCUACUACGAUCAGACGCACGACCACUGGCGCACCAUCGCCUACCGCAAAGGCAUUGCCAGCCUACGAGAGCAGACCAGCAAAAUCAGCACGGCGGAAGCAGCGCAGCGCCUCCCCUUUGUCGGCGCGCGCCUCGCCGCCAAGAUCGAGGAGAUCGUCUGGACAAACCGCCUCAGCCGGCUAGACAACGCGCUGGCGGACCAAGAUCCCGCGGCCGCCGCGCUGCAGACUUUCCUGCGCAUCUACGGCGUCGGCUUCGCGCAGGCCUCGCGGUGGGUGGCGCAGGGCUUCCGCACCCUGUCCUCGCUCGCGGGCGCGAAACUCUCGCCGAGCCAGAAGGUUGGGCUGGAGCACUACGACGACUUCAACGCGCGCAUCCCGCGCGCCGAGGUCGAGCAGCACGCCGCCGUCGUGCGCGAGUGUCUGCGCCGCCUCGAUCCGGCCGCCGAGGUCAUCGUGGGCGGAUCCUACAGGCGCGGCGCCGCGGACUCCGGCGACAUCGACCUCGUCAUCACGCACGGCUCCGCCGGGCUGGCCCAUCUGCAGCGCCUCGUCUUCGAGACGCUGGUCCCGCAGCUAACGGCCCAGGGCUUCCUCAAGGCCGCACUAGCGACGUCGCACAAGCGCGACGGCGACGCCGCCGGCGCGAAGUGGCUCGGCGCGUCCUGCCUCCCUGCCCCUAACCCGCAGGUCUGGCGCCGCAUCGACCUCCUCCUCGUGCCGCCCGCGGAGAUCGGCGCCGCGCUGAUAUACUUCACGGGCAACGACGUCUUCAACCGGAGUAUUCGGCUGCUGGCGAGCAGGAAGGGCAUGCGGCUUAACCAGCGCGGGCUGUAUAGGGAUGUGGGACGCGGCCCGGGGAGGACCAGGACGGCGCGGGGGACGCUGGUCGAGGCGAGGAGCGAGAGGCGCAUCUUUGAGGCGUUGGGCGUGCCGUGGAGGUCGCCGGAGCAGCGGAUUUGCUAG